AUGACAUAAUUUACAGAAUUUAAAAAUGAAUAAGAAGUUCAUUAAUACUUUGAUAAAUUAACAUCAGUUCCUACAAUUGAUCCAAAACAUACUUAAGUGAUGACAUAAUACACAAAUAUUUAAUUGAAAUGGCUUAGAUCUAGAGAAAUUAUAAUAGAAGGAUCAAAAUAUAUAGAAGUGCCAAAUGAAUAGAAUUUCAUUUAUGUUUCCACUUUUCCUAAAAUGAAUCGUAGAAUUUAUUAUGUGAAAUUGUUUAAUCCAGGAUAUUUCUUUUUUGCAAUGGAAGUGGCUUAUAAUCAAAUUGAAUCUAUUCGAAAUGAUUAUAUCAGAUUUACUGAAAGAAUCUAUUAAGUAAAAAUUAAGAUCACUUUUAGGAAUUUCAUAAUAAAUAACCAUAAACUUCCUCUGAUCUCUUCAUACCUUAAUUCUAAACUUGUCUAACUAUAACUGAACCAGCUCCAAAUUGGUCCUUUAUUAACUUCUCCUUGAUUUUUAAUCAUACUAUCAAUUAAACUAUCAUUAAAGACUUAGGUAAUAGAACUAUAAAAUUGUAAAUGCCAAUCUUAUCUGGUAUCAUUCAAGAAGAUAUAGGUUUAAGAUAUGAAAAACCCAUAGUAGCUUUUGUUGCUUCAGAAUAUUUUGAUUGA